AUGACGACCCUCCCAGCGAGCUACGGCAAUGGCGACCGUCGCAAGAGGCCUGUUGUCACCUACGGGAGACCUGCGCGCAAUCCGACCUUCUCAGCAACCAGUGUCGAGUCGUUCUAUGACGAGGCAAGAAAGGUUGCUUCGCCCUCCAAGCUAAAGCGGCCGACUGUUAGCACGGCCAGAAAGUCCAAGGAUGCAGAUGAUGAAUUCGAUGUACCAAUGUCCGACGACGAAGUCACCACCGCACCCUCCAAGGCGAAGAAAAAUCAAAAGCCUCUGACCAAGAUCAGUCCAGUCGCUGCUAGAAGCGACGGCAAUGGCAACAUCAAUGGCGAUGGAGAUUCGGCCUCACCACGCAAGCGCAAAAGAACCGUGUCACAAACCGCCCAGUCUUCAGUCGUCCGGCCACUCGCAAAGGUUACCAAAUCACAGGAGGUGGGACCAAAAACCGAGAAGGUUGCUGUUGACUCUGCCCAACUGCGUCGCUCGAAAAGGCAAGUUGCUACUGCAAUCCCUACUACCUCGGCUCCAUCGUCACGCAACAUCGAUCGUCAUGUGGCACAAGCAACACGAUCCUUAGGCUCAUCAACUAAGUCUGCCUGUCCAUUGUCUCCUGUUGUCGCAUCCCCAACAAGUCCGGCAGAUUCGUUGUCAAGCAUCUCUACGACGCCAAAGCAGAAGAAGUUAUGGCAUGAGCUGCUUCUCUCAGAUCNNCCCCCUGAUGAGGGUGUCCAAAACUCGACUCUUAACCCGAUACAUCUUUCACCAAAUCGCACUCUGAAUCAACCAAAUUUGUCAACGCCACAGCCUCUUGUCACCAACGGUUCGAGUACAACCAAGGCUCGCAUUGUCGAUCGUCUAAAAGGAAAGACUGUCUAUGCUCAAAGUAGUGACGAGAGUUCCGAGGAUGAAGCAAACGAGCCACUGGAAGGAACGACAUCUCAGCAUUUGGAGGUACCAAGAACGUUUGUGCAAUCUGUGUCUCAGGAGCCUAUGCAGCACUCCCAGUCACAGAGCCGAGUGCAAACACAGCUGUCUUCAACCAGCCAAGGAGCUCAAAAGGUAACUUACGCUCGGUCACGCACGUAUUUGCAGGAUAGUCUUGAGGAUAUGAUCUUUGGUGAUCUACCCAUUGAUGCAACUGAACGACCCAUUGCAACCGCCCGGCGAACCAAAGCUUCUCCAAGAACGACCUCAAAAUCAAAGGCUAGUUUCAACAACGAUUCGGACGAGGAAUCUGUACAAGGCAUUCGAAGUAUACACGACCUCAGGGCAGCUGGACACAAGAGCAGGUUUAUGGACGAUGUUACACGUCUUCUUGAUGAUAUCAAGAAUCCAAAACCAUCAACUCGAUCGCAACGGCGCAUGGCACUCAUGGAACUUUCUGGCACACUUGCCGAUGGUGAAUUCGUUUCUCGAUUCAUCGAGAAUGGAUUCGAUGCGAGCAUAACUGCCCAGUUUCAGUAUGCUGGCAUGGACGUUCUAGCUGAUAUGUUGUUGUGUGUUGUCCUUACACGAAUAGCACAAGCUUCCAUUCCACUUCUCCAAGGUGGUGUUCUAGAAUUCCUCACACCAUACCUAGAUGAAACAAAGGACAUCAAUCAGAUCGCACGGGAGAGGAAGAGUAACAUGUCCAAGGUUGCUCAAUCUGAUUACAUCGAGUUCAUGGACAAGGUGAAGUAUUCUGAUAUCUGGGAAGACUGCUCACCAGAGUAUCUGUCUCCUCGUUCAAUCGCUCUCGUGAGCAUCAACUGUAUAGUUGUUGCCCACAGGCGCAACAAGAACAGUGGCACUAUUCUCUCUCCCCAGACCGCAUCGAAGCUCGUCAGUCUAGCCACCAAUCAUGCAUCAGGGCCUGAGCAUACCGCACAAGCUGUCAUCAACCGGGCACUAGCAACACUUGAAGCUGCUACCACUCUCGAUGUGGACAGCGCGUCAUCGGAUGUCUGGUCAGUCGAAAUACUUGCACAACUUGCUGCUGCCCUGCCCCAGUUCCUUAGUAUGUCAAGGCAUUCCCAGGAACUUGCCCUUCGGUUCUGCUGCUCUGUGACCAAUGACAACAAAGACAACAGCAGUGUGUUCUGUGAGCCUCAUGUCAUUCAACUGAUAGUGUCGUUGGUCAUUGACGGCUUCAAUUCGCGCAACGCAGCAGUUGGGGUAGAGCUGGACUCUGACCACGACUUUCUGGUUCUAGCCCUUGGCUUGAUGAUUAACUUGACUGGAGUGAGCGACGCUGCACGCGAACAUGCUGCUCGUGUAAAAGACGAAGGACUUGCUGCACUAGUAGACAUCUUCGUCAAAGGUCAGAAGAAAGCAGCUGAGAGUCAGUCAGAAGAAGAGAUGCAAGCCCACAUUCCGUAUGCUUGGUUGUCAGUUCUCCUCGGCUACAUCUGCUUGAACAAGGAUGCUAGAGCACAGAUAAGCGGCUGGCUGCCCGGUGAGAAUGGAACCGUCCUUGUGGAUGCUGUGGAGGGUGUUGCGAUGAUGAGCCAGCAAGUGGACAGCCAAGUCGCGGAGGAGNAAGGGGAAAUAUCUUCAGGAUUCACGCAGAAGCUACAGGCGCUCGUCGCUGAUUUACGCGAUGGCGUGUAA